AUGGGGAAUAUACUCGACAGCGAAUGCAUCACAAAAGACGCCAUCUGCGUUUGCCUUCGACCGGAAGACGGGGCAGAAGAAGCAGCGAUUGAGGUAACUGCUGCAGCAGAACAACAAUACCAGCCAGCAGCAGCAGCAGCAAAAGCAGCAACGAGGCCCCGCAGCAGCAACAGCAACAGCAGUAGCGCAGCAGGAAAAACGAAGUCUAAGAAAGCUCCCAAAGGAGGACACCGAUCGAAAGAGGCAGCUCCUGCUGCAGCAGCUGCUGCUGCUGCUGAUGCUGCUGAUGCUCCACCUGCUGCUUCCCCAAAGGGAGCAGCAAAAGCGGCAGCAGCAGAAGCAGCAGAAGCCCCUGCUUCUUCACCAGCAGCAACAGCACCGGAAGGAGCAGUAACAACAGCAGCAGCACCAGCAGCUGCAGCACCAGCACCAGCAGCUGCAGCACCAGCACCAGCAGGAGAAACAGAAGCAGCAGCAGCAGAAGCAGCAGCUGCAGCAGAACGCUGGUCUGUGGGGUCUUUAUCUCCACCUGUCGACCCUAAAGUGCUGCAAGAAGUGGCGUCUGCACCUCUUAAGAUUCAAAAGCUGCUGCUGGAAUCCCUCUUUAAGAAAUGGGACCCCGAAGGCAAAGCUCUUUCUUGUUCUUCUUUUGUCUCACUAGUUGAAUCCCUCAACAGCUGCGACACGGAAGCAGCAGAAGUUUUUAUGGGGCUGCAGCCGCAAGAAAAACCCGAUGGAGACCUCAUUGCUGAACUCCCAGACGCUCGCGCUGCGCUGCGGCAGCUGGCGGAGACGACGCUGCGGAUGUCGUGGCUGGAGGAGGGGCAGAUGGAGGAGCUGUUUGAUUUGGUGUGUCUAGACACAGAUUAUACAAUAUCUCUUGCAGACUUCGUUAAAAUUGCUGAGGCCCUUGCGGUUAUUAGCAGAUGCAUUAACCUUCUCUACAAGUACAACGACACCGAGCUGCAGCAGCAGAGUUAG